CGUGUACGGUAAUAUUGAACUUAAGACACAGAAAAAUGGCAGCCUGAAGAAUAGAUUUUCUGUUUCACGUUUAAUCCACAUCUGAAUUCUGUUGGCUCAUAUUUUAGUGUCACUUGAAGAAACUACGAGAUCCAGGGAAAGAUCAACGACAUGAAUCCUAUGUCAGUUUGUUCAUCCUCCUCCUCCUCCUCCUCAUCUUCUUCUUCUUCUAACAACGCCAAGGCGUGGAUCGUACAUGGUAUCGUCGCUGGAGUCUCAAUCGCGGUGGCUCUAGCAGCUCGAGCCUAUCUGGGUAGAUCCGGGAAAUUCCGCAGCCGGGUCGUCGGAAUCAUACCCGCCCGUUUCGCCUCCUCAAGGUUCCAGGGCAAGCCUCUCGUUCACAUCCUCGGAAAGCCCAUGAUUCAGAGAACAUGGGAAAGAGCAAAACUGGCAACAUUGCUGGACCAUAUUGUCGUGGCAACGGAUGAUGACAAGAUUGCAGAAUGCUGUCGAGGAUUUGGUGCCGAUGUCAUAAUGACAUCAGAAUCAUGUCGAAAUGGUACUGAGCGUUGCAAUGAAGCUCUUCAAAAGCUUGAAAAGAAGUAUGAUAUUGUUGUCAAUAUUCAGGGGGACGAGCCUCUUAUUGAACCCGAGAUAAUAGAUGGCAUUGUUAAAGCUCUGCAGGCAGCCCCAGAUGCAGUGUUUAGCACUGCAGUUACAUCUUUAAAAGCUGAAGAUGCAUUUGAUCCAAAUCGUGUGAAAUGUGUGGUGGAUAAUCAAGGUUAUGCCAUUUAUUUCUCAAGGGGACUGAUUCCACAUAACAAGUCAGGAAAGGUCAAUCCGCACUUUCCAUACAUGCUUCAUCUUGGAAUUCAGAGCUAUGAUUCGAAGUUUUUAAAGAUAUAUCCAGAGCUUCAACCAACCCCACUGCAACUAGAAGAGGAUCUGGAACAGCUGAAGGUCCUGGAAAAUGGGUAUAAGAUGAAGGUGAUAAAAGUAGACCAUGAAGCUCAUGGCGUUGAUACUCCUGAAGAUGUUGAAAAGAUAGAAUCUUACAUGCGUGAGAGGAACUUGUCUUAGUUCGGAGCAACAACAUCUCCUGAUACAAAUGGAUUCGUUUCUACAUCUGAUUCAUGCUGCACUGAACAAGCUGCUUGGUUAGAAGGGAGGGAAUCAUUAUUGUACAGUUAUAUGGUUUUCAAAUCAUUCAUUGGAGGUUUUAUGUCAACUGGAUAUCUGCCCUUUUCUUCUUCCCUGUGAUCGGGUUGGGUGAAUUGGUGACAGGAGAGGAGUAUUUUACUAUUUUCUUUAAAAUGUUUGUAAUGAAUUGACAUGCAAAAUCUCGCGUCUUAAUAAGUAUUAGAUGUCUGUCUAAUGAUACAUACGUGAAUGUCAUAAGAGGAUCGUGAAGAUUAAAAAAUGAGCAACAUUAUAUUAUAUAUAUAUAUAUAUGGUUAUUUUUGAAUA